UGUAAUUUAUACAGUCUGUGGGUGAAACGGUUUUUAAGCCAACCAGUCAGUUUUGAAAGACCGCAAUUACAGGAUCACUUGGGCGUUGAAUCUUCUAUCUUUUCAGUUUCUUCAUCUGCCAUCCGACACUCGUUGAAUCAUUGAUGCUUCUUACCUUCAAACCAGUAGAGUAAACAUUUGGUGGUGCUCAGAAAAUUAGCUCUGCUUUUGAGAGAAACAUACAUACAGAUCAAGCCAUCAAGCUGUACUUGUUCUAAACCUUCCCUUAUAAUUACUUUGUUUUAAUUGUCUCUAUUGCUUCAAACUACUUUUCUAUAAUUUUCAUUUCCCCUGUUUUAACCAUCAAUUCUCUAUCAUUUUAUACUCAGUAUCAAUAAAUUCCUUAGAAAAGAACAAAAUUAGCAUUUUUCUCAACCUCUCUUAGUAUUAUUACUCGUUGUUAUCUGUUUGCUACAAGCUAGACUACGUUCAUUAAGUGUUUGCUCUUAAAAACUUUAACUUUGAUAGUUGUUUGUUGUGUGUCUUUCUCUUUUUGUUUUCAUUAUUAAUUAGCCAUGCUUUUAUUCUCAGUGUAAAGCUAGAUUUUGUUUAUUAAGCUUUUCUCUCAAACAUUUACUGAAUUUUUUUGUUAUAUAACAUUCUCCAACUCCAAUUCUUUUUCUUUCAUUUCCGUUGCCUCCUAAGUACCAUUUAAUUGUACAGCUUUACUUUAAAAAAAAAAAGAGAGAGAGAGAGUGUGUGAGUGUCUGUACAGGUAUUUAUCGGCAAUGGCUGAGGAAAUAGUAACGAGUACUGUCGCGCAACUUGCAUCAGAAGCUACAGUGUCGGGAUGUGAUUUGCUUAAACAGCAUAUAUCAUAUGUGUUCAAGUACCAGAGCUACAUCAACGACCUCAAACAACUAGUUGAGGAUCUCAGAAAUAAAAAAGAAACAGUGGAGAAACCUGUAGAGUUAGCUGAAAGACAGGGUGAAGAGAUUUAUAAAGCUGUUAAGAAAUGGUUGAGUGAUGUAGAUGAGUUUACUGAAAGGGUAGCAAAAGCCAUCAUUGAGGAUGAAGAUAAAGCAGACAAGGGCAGCUGUCUAAAAUUGAAGUCAUGUCCUAAUUUGAUUCUACGUUACAAGCUUGGAAAGGAAGCAGUGAAAGCUGCAGUGAGUGGGGCCGAUCUGUUAGGGAAAGGCAACUUCAGUAGUGUUUCCUACCGUCCUGCUCUACAGAGGACAGAAUCCAUGUAUGUCAGAGGCUACGAGGCCUUCGAUUCCAGAGAGCAAGUUUUGCAAGAAAUUUUGGACACGUUGAAGGAUGUUAAUGUUAACAUGGUCGGGGUGCAUGGGAUGGGAGGUGUGGGCAAAACUACACUGGUCAAAAAAGUAGCUUGGCAGGUGAAGGAAGACAAGUUAUUUCAUGAGGUGGCCAUUGCUGAGGUAACACAAACCCCAGACUACAAAAAAAUUCAAGAAAAACUUGCUUCCGAUUUAGGCUUGGAAUUUGGGCAGGAGAGUGAAUAUCAGAGAGCUAGUCAACUACGUUCCAGGAUAAAGAAGGAGAAGAGUUUACUUAUAAUACUGGAUAAUAUUUGGACAAAACUUGACUUGGAUGCAAUUGGAAUUCCUUUUGGGGAUGCUGAGAAAGGAGGAAAAGAUGAUCCUUUUGGGGCUGCUGAGAAUGGAAGAAAAGAUGAUAAGAUCAGGCCAUGCACAAUAUUGUUAACUUCUAGAAAUCGGGAUUUAUUAAGCAAAGAUAUGAAGACUCAGAAGAGCAUCUUUGUUCGUCCUUUAUCUAGAGAUGACGCAUGGAAAUUGUUUCGGAAGAUUGUGGGUGAUUCUGUAGAAAGCUCUGAUUUUCAUCCUCUAGCAGAUGAGUUUGUUACAAAAUGUUCAGGUUUACCGGUUGCAAUCUCAACAAUUGCAAAUACACUGAAAAAUGAAAGUCUUCACUAUUGGAAGGAUGCCUUGGCUCAACUUAAAAGGUCUAAUCCAAGACAUAUUCCAGAUAUGGAAGAAAGUGUGUAUUCUACUUUAGAGUUGAGUUACAAUUUUCUGAAAAUUGAGGAAGCUAAAUCACUAUUUCUUCUUUGUGCUCUAGAAGAUGCUGGUAGAAGCAUGGACAUUGAUGACCUAUUUAAAUGUAGUAUGGGUUUGAAUUUGUUUGGAGAUGUAUAUACUUUAGAAGAAGGAAGGAAUAGAUUGCACAGGUUGAUAAAUUAUCUCAAAGCUUCUUGUUUGUUGUUGGAUGGUGACAAUGACCAUGUAGUUAAAAUGCAUGAUAUUAUUCAUGAUGUUGCCGUAUCGAUUGCUAAAACAGAGAAAUUCAUGUUUAAUAUUCAAAAUGUCAUUGGCUUGAAUGAAGAACUGACGGAGAAAAUACCAAAAGAUUCAACUGCUAUUUCUCUGCCCUAUAUAGAUAUUUAUGACAAGCUUCCUCAACGGUUAGAAUUUCCCAAACUAAAGUUGUUCUUCCUAUUGAUGAAAAAUCACUCACUACAAAUUCCAGAUGCUUUUUUUGAAGAAAUGAAAGAACUUAGAGUUUUAAAUCUUACCAGAUUUCAAUUCUUUUCAUUACCUUCAUCCUUUUCUUGCCUAAAAAACCUUAAAACACUGUGUCUGGACAACUGUCUGUUGGAGAAUUUAAGAAUUCUAGGAGAGCUAAGUAAAUUAGAAAUUCUUAGCUUCUCGAGGUCUCACAUUAAACAGUUGCCUACAGAAAUUGGACAAUUGAUUCAGUUGAAGUUAUUAGAUUUGAGCAAUUGUAUAAACCUUAAAUACAUUGCACCACAUGUCCUCUCUUGCUUGUCUCGAUUAGAAGAACUAUAUAUGGGCAACUGCUUUAUUCAAUGGGAAGUUGAAGGAGUGGAUAAUCAAGGACGAAGAAAUGCUAGUCUUGAAGAGUUAAAGCAGUUGUUGAACCUAACAGCUUUACAUCUUCAGGUUCAAGAUGCUCAAGCUAUGCCACAAGACUUUUUCUUCAAGAACUUGAAAAGUUAUAAUUUAUUUAUAGGAGAUAAAUGGCAGUGGUUUAAUAAAUAUUACCGUUCAACUUUAAGAACAUUCAAACUGAAGAUAAGUGAUAAUGUUUAUUUGGGGCAAGGAAUUAAAAAUUUGUUGGAGAUGACUGAAGAUCUCUUUCUUGAGGGAAUGAAUGGAGUUAGAUAUGUUGUUUAUGAACUCAAUGUGAAUGGUUUUCCACAUUUAAAGCAUCUGCAUGUAAAUGACUGUCUUGAUAUUUUGUAUAUCAUUAACUCAGUUGCUUGGAAAGUAGCCUUUCCUAAGUUGGAGUCCUUGAUCCUUUGUAAUUUGAUUAAAUUGGAGAAGAUCUGUCAUGGUCAACUCAAUGCAGGGUCUUUUAGCAAAUUAAGGAUCAUAAAAAUAGAAAAGUGUGAUAGAUUGGAGUAUCUCUUUGCAUCCUUCAUGACAAAAAACCUUAUGCAGUUGCAAGAAAUUGAAGUGACUGAUUGUAAGAACCUAAAAGAGUUUUUUUUGUGAAGAAAGUGAUGACCAUGGUGAUGGAAUUGGAACGAAUAAUAAGAUGGAGUUCAAUCAAUUGCGUUCAUUAACACUACAAUACCUACCCAAAUUCAUUAAGAUCGAUUCUAAUAUGGUGGUUGUCUUUCCAAGAUUGGAGAACUUGAAACUAUGUUCAAUUAAUUUUGAAAAUACAUGGCUUGAUCGACCUCUAUCAAUAUUUUCUUAUAGUCACUACUUAAAAAG